AUGAAAAAGCUAUACAUAUUCGUGGGUAUAUGUGUGAUUCUCUUCCAUUCAUGCAAAAGUAUAAUUGACCAAGAUAAGUUAAAUUUAAGUCUGAUUUUUCAAAAGAGAAGUGCAUGUAAAAAUAGGAGAAAAAAAAAAAGUUACAUAAAAGGUUCCUCUAUCACACCUUUUCCCAGUUUAAACUAUAAAGAAAUUAGUUCUUCAAGAAGACUUGCCAGGACAUGUGCAUUCCAGUUUUGUCGACCCUGUUAUCCAUCAGGAAAAGAUAAAACUUGGCCAAAAGAAGAGAAACAGUUAGGAUUCUCAAACAAGAGGGGAAGUAAAAUAUGUUACAUCUACAGAGGGAAAUGUAUACCCACACACUACUACAACUACCACGACCUCUACCCCAGCUGCUACUGCUGCCACUACUUCGAUAAGAGAAGCCACAGCAUCAACAAAUGGGCAGCAUUUUCAUUACGUGAAAACUGGCAGACCGAAAGAAAUGGAAUGAGAAAACUAAACAUUUACGCUAAAAUUAGCGAUGGGAGUGGCGAUAGCAGUAACAAUGGGAGCAGCGAUGGGAGUAAGGAGACAGAUGAUAAAGCUUCACUUGGGAUUAAUAACACCGAUUUGAAUGAAGGAAAGAAAGGGACAAAAGAAAAGUUGGGGGAAGCAUCGACUCUACAUAUUUUCCGGAACAAAAAUGAAGGAGGCCCUUCGAAUGAUAAAGAUGAUGAAGAGAAGGGAAAUGAAAACAUGAAUAUGGACUCUCACAAUGAAGUUAACCAAAACGAAAGAGACAAUCAAAAGGUGGAUAAGAGAAUGAAUGAAGAAAAUCUAGCCAAAGCAAUGGAAAGAGCAGAAGAUUACAUUAAAGGUAAAGAAGAUGAUGUGAUCGAAAAGAGAGAAAUAAAAAAAAAAAAAAAAGUUAUCGAAAAUUUAAAAGGACAAGAAGAUGUUUUCUCCAACAAGUUACUAGAUCUAGGAAUAUAUGAUGUUUUGAAACAUGUGUAUGGGGCAAAUGUGUAUGUUAAUUCCAAGAGUUUAGUUGAUGCUGUGUGCAAAUGGAUGCACAGUGCGUAUGUUGGAUUAACCCCUUCCAAACGGAAAGAAUGGAACGACCCUGGAUUAAAGGGUUCUUCAGAAUUGGCCCAAUUGGGGGUGCAAUCAGGCCAACCCGGCCAAUUAAGCCAACAUGCCAAAUCUGGUGAACAUGCCAAAUCUAGUGAACAUGCCAAAUCUAGUGAACAUGCCAAAUCUAGUGAACAUGCGAAUGGGAUGGAAGGAGAGUUCUUACUAGAGAAAGACCUCUCGGACAGUUACAGCAAAGACAAAAAUGAAAGAAUUUUUAACCAUUUUCAUUUUAAUAAAGCGAAUGAUAAGAAAGAAGAAGCACAAAUGGAGCCUCUAAAACUGUACAACAAAAAAAAUUUGAGAAAAUAUUUUUUCGCUUUAUACAGGGGAAACAUACUGAAACAGCUAGUGACUGAAGGGGAAGAUGAAAUAUUGGAUUCAAGAAAACAGAAAGUCACAAAUCCAGAUGUGGAUAAAAAAUUAGACGACGAAUUAGAUAAAGAAGUAACAGAAACGCUAUCAUCAAACCCCAUUUUGAAUUGUGAUUUAGACACCUACAUUGACAAGGAGCGUUACAUGAAGUCAAAUGUAACUGUGGAGUUUAACAUCUAUGAUACAUAUAAUGAUCGAAUUAUUUUAAACAAUAAGAACACAAAUUCAACCAUGCUUGAAUUUCCUCUAAUGUAUAGUCAUAAUAUUAUACAAAAAUGUAUUUUAACAAUGAAAAAGCUAGAAAAAGCAAUUUUCUAUAUUAGGAAUAAUUUAUUUUUUCGUGGACUAUCACCAAAUGAGGAACUAACAAAUGAUGAAGAAAGGAAUAUUUAUGAUGUAAUUACCAAUGAAAGUUGGGUAAAAAUGGAAAUUUAUCUGUGCAAUAUUUACGGAAUUAAUGAGAAAUGGAUGGGAAUAACUCCAGAGAUGUUUUCUGAUGAGCAAAAGACUAAUUCCUUUCUCCAGUCAUACUCCUCUGGGGCCUCCACCAACUUGGUUUGCACACCCGCGGGGGUGGGAAGUGCCACAGAAGAAAACAAACUUGAGGAUUCAAACGGGGCGGAUUCUAAAAAUGGGGCGGAUUCUAAAAAUGGGGCGGGUUCUAAAAAUGGGGCGGAUUCUAAAAAUGGGGCGGAUUCUAAGAAUGGGGCAGAUGCUCAAAAUGGGGCGGAUGCUCAAAAUGGGGCAGAUGCUCAAAAUGGGGCAGAUGCUCAAAAUGGGGCGGAUUCUAAAAAUGGGGAGGAUGCUCAAAACUUAGCGGCUGGUGCAAAGGGAGAGGUUGCCCAUUCCGAGCGCAGAAUAGAAAUAAUGAGAAGAACGGAAGAAUAUGAAUCGAAAAAGGACAUUGGAAUAAAGAGCGAAUUUUUGAUGAAGAAAUUAGAAAAUGAAAUGAAGUAUGAUCCAAACCAUUAUAUGUGGAGAGAUUUGUAUCCACAGCUAGACGAAGGAGGAAAAGAAAGAACAGAAAAAUACUUUGAUAAUUUCAAAAAAGAAAUAAGUGAAAAUAAAUUCAGUAGAGGAUAUACAGAUAAUAUUAAAAAGAAGCAAAGUUUAAAAGGGUAUGACAUUGGUGAACAAAUUGAAGGGAGAGCAAAAUAUUAUAUGUGGAAAGAAAAUAUUUAUGGAUUUGUUUUAUAUUUUCCCUUACGACCAUAUGUUACUAAAAAAGACAUUGUAAUCGACAUGGAUAACCAUUUCUUUUUUCUUUCAAUAUGUAAUCAUACCAUUAUUAAGGAUUUUUUCAACCAUCCGGUUAAUAGCUCAGACUCGAUAUGGUCUCUGAGUGAUAAUGAAACUGCUUGGGACACCAAAUCUCAUAAUACAAAUGAGAUAGAACUUGUGAAUCAAAAUAAAAAGAGUGACGAAUUCCCUCUAUAUGAUAUCACUUAUUCUGAUGAUAACCAAAUUCAAAAAAUGAUGAAAAGAGAAUAUUGUUUAAUAUACAACAUUUACAAAGAUAAUAAUCACAGGUAUAUGUGGGGAUCUAUAUUUAAAGCAUCUUGA